AUGUAUAUCCCUUGGAACGCACCGCCUACCGCUGAUGGGGAAGACCCUCCAUCGGACGCCCACACCGUCCUCUCGAGGCAGUUCUCCGAAAACGGCACGCGCAAUGCCAACAUACGCACCGGCCUCAUAGUGGGUAUUGUUCUGGGCGUCGCCCUGGUCGGCUUCGCCGUCUUCUUUUGGUACUACCGUGGCUCGCACGAGCUCGAGGAGUUCAAGAAGCUCGGGGAGCUCCCGGAACUCCGCCUCAAGCAAGGGAGACGCUGGCCCGCCAGUUGA